AUCAUUUAUAGCUUCACACGUGCGUCUACGUUCUCUUUCACAAGGAAAUGUAGUACUGAGACCAAAUAUUAGGACAAAAUGUCAACGGCGAUGAAUUUCGGAACCAAGUCGUUCCGUCCACGUGCACCCGAUAAAGGAUCGUUUCCUUUAGAUCAUUUUGGUGAAUGUAAGACAUUUAAAGAGACAUAUAUGAGAUGCCUUAAAAACAACCGGUUUGACAAUUCACGCUGCCGGGAAGAGUCAAAGGAAUACUUAGAGUGCAGGAUGGACAGACAAUUAAUGGCUAAGGAACCCCUCGAAAAACUUGGCUUUAAGGACUUGGUGGACGACUCGCAAAAAGAAAACGAAGCCAAAUCAUAACAAAAUAUUAUUUUGAGUAAUAUUUGUAUUUAGUUUAUUUAUCAUCAUGUUGUUUGAUAUGUUUAUAUUCUUUUAAAAUCAUUGAAAACAAAAAACUAUUUUAGUUCACGACAUUGAAAAUAUUUUGUAUGCUGGAAUUUAAGGAGUAUUCUAUAAGCGCAUUGUUCACUUUAAAGAAAUCUUGUGUAAAUAAGAAACUUUAUUGUUAACUUUCAAUUUAAAAUAAACGAAUAUACAAUAAUCAAAUAGCAUGAAUAUAAAUAAAUAAAUAAAUGUUAUAUUUAUUUAUUAAAAAUGUUAUAACAAAUAAAUGUUUCUAAACAAUUCAGGAAAAGAAAGAAAAAUGAGAACAGUGGACAUAUUUGUGGUUAAAUAUUUCCAUAUUAACAUGCUUUAAAUGUAUGGAAUGAAUCAUUUUGUAUACAAUUUGGGACAGAAGUUUAUUUCAGAUCCUGACGCUUGCACUGUAGAAAGUAAUACCUUAGAUUUACUAUGAACCUCAACAAUGGUGAAAAUCAACAGACUAAUUCAGAUAAACAGAUAAGCCGCAAUGCAUGCUGGGAAUCAUGAAUGAGUUUUGUACUAUGAUGUUACCCAGUAUGCAUUGCAGUAUAACAUUUUCGUUUGGUGAUUGUCACCAUUGUUGAGGUUCAUACACUGAUUCUUGAUGUCUGUGUGUUGCAGUUAUGCUGUAGAUUAAGUUUUUAUUUGCUUCCUGUUUUCACAAAUGUUUCUAGAUAUCAAAAUGUUCUCAAACUCCCUGAUCUUAUAGUGUUCUUUCAUGAUCAACAGCACAGCACUCAAAUGAGAUGAAAUCAGUGAAUCAAAGCACAACAUGAUGGUGAUUUUAAACACCUGACAAAUUAUCAGUAAGCUUUACUUUCCAUUUAUUUCUUAUUAUUGGUUGAUAAUUGAAAAAGUUAUUAAACUUGUUGUUGACAUUAUAACACUGAAGUUUUCUUAUGUUUUCGACCUAUUUUUGUAAUGCAUUUAAUCACCGUCAUAAUACCGACUACCGUAAUAAAUGUUUCAUCAAUUACCGCAACAUAAAAAUGUAUCACCGCCACAAGCCUAAUUUCCUGACAGAUCUUUUAUACAUGACCAAACAUUAAAGGAAGAAAGGAUCCAUUAAUCUGAUGAAUUUAAGUCCGCAUGACACCUGAUCGAAUUGGCAACAUGAUUAUAAUAAAAACCUUUUAGUACCAAAUAGGGUAAAGAAACUUGUCUGUCAAAACUGCAUGUUUAAGCAUUUAGGUUAAUAUAUAUCAAAUUUACUCUCAAUAACACAUAAGUAUCUAGGCCUACUACUCAAAUCUUGUAGUCUUUGUGUGAUGUAUUGAAAUCAACUAUCUGAUAAUAUAGCGUGUGAUUGUAUUUGUUGUACAAUCAAGGACCCCGAUGACUACCAGCAGGCACGUGCACAGAUGAGCUCAACCAUGUGCAGAGCACAUUGCCUUUUGCCUUUCAACUCUGAAGUGGUGGUGUUUUUUUCUUUCUUUCAUUAA